AGCAUCAUUGAGGUCUGCAGACAGAUAUUUAAAGAUAUUUGAUAUUUCUACAGCGAAGAAGCUUCCAUGUCCUGAUAUCCAUGAUUUCUUUAUAAUUCCUUUUUCUUGGAAAGUGGUUCGGGUUUUGUCAAUAAAAACAACAUUCUCUCUAUCUCUGUAUCUUCAACUCUUCAUAAAUUAAACGCAACUUUCACAGCUCUACCACCCACCAUCACCUCUAAUCCUCUAUCCUCGCCUCCGCCACCUUCACUGGCACCGGCAUCACCUCAAAGCCCAAUUCUUCUCGUUCACGUCUGUUUUCUCUGGACAGAAUCAAACACAUGGCUGUGAUACCCAAACAGAAUCCAUCGCCUGCCGUCGUAGAGACCGUCGAUGAGAUUAUGAGAAUCUUCCGGUCACUACCACCCAGACCCACAUUGGAUGAGGUUGAAGCAGCGAUGUCUGUUCUCAGAACUGUAAAUAGUGAAGAGCAGAUGAGGCUUGAUGAAAUAUCUCAAGAGGAUAAGCCCCCAGAUGUCCCAGAGGAGCUGUUCGCUGUGUUGCAGGAAUCAAAGAGGACCAUGGUCUUGUUGCAGAGCCAUGAACAAAAGAGAGAAGCUAUUUACCUUACUGAUCUUGAGAAGAAGUUUCAGACCUUUGAUCAGCUUAUCCAGAGAGCUUCUGAGUUGGUUUCUGGAGAUACCCAGAACCAAAAGAAGGCUGAUUUGACUUUCUUAGUUUCGAAAAUUGAAGGAAAGAAUGUUGUUGCCAUUAGUGAUGAGAGUGUCAUCAAGAUAAAGAAGGAUGAAGGGGCAGAGUCAAAAACAAAAUCAGAUGUCGCAAAGGGUUUAUUCCGUAGCUAUUCCUCAAAGGCCGGGCUCUCUUCAGGUGAAGGAGGUACAGAGAAAUUAAGCUUAAUGAAGGUUGCUGGCCUAAUCGAGACCUCCUCUAAAAGUGGAGCUGGUGUUCUUGACCUACAAGGGAAGUUGAUGGAUCAGAUUGAGUGGCUUCCAGCAUCAAUUGGGAAAUUAAAUGAUGUGACUGAGUUAAAUUUAUCUGAGAAUCGAAUCAUGGCUCUUCCAUCCACCAUUGGCAGCCUCAAAGCCUUGAUGAAGCUUGAUGUCCAUGCAAACCAACUGAUAAGUCUUCCUGAUUCAUUUGGAGAUCUAAUCAAUCUGACUGAUCUGGACUUGCAGGGAAACAGGUUAAAAUCUCUGCCUGCUUCUUUUGGGAACCUGACGAAUUUGAUCAAUCUUGAUUUGAGUUCAAACCAGUUUACCAUACUACCAGAUGCAGUUGGAAAUCUAACUGGCUUAAAAAGGUUGAAUGUGGAAACAAACGAGCUCGAGGAACUUCCUUAUACGAUUGGGUCGUGUUCUUCGCUUGUGGAGCUGAGAUUAGACUUCAAUCGGCUAAAAGCACUUCCUGAGGCAAUUGGAAAGCUUGAGAAUUUAGAGAUACUUACAUUGCACUAUAAUAGAAUCAAAGGGUUGCCUACAACAAUGGGCAAUCUUUCUGAGCUGAAGGAACUUGAUGUCAGCUUCAAUGAACUUGAGUCAAUACCAGAGAACUUGUGCUUUGCAACCAAUCUUGUGAAAUUGAAUGUUGGAAGGAAUUUUGCAGACUUGACAGCCCUGCCAAGGUCAAUUGGCAAUCUUGAGAUGCUUGAGGAGUUGGACAUAAGUAACAACCAAAUACGGAUUUUACCAGAAUCUUUCAGGUUCCUGUCGAAGUUGAAAGUUUUCUAUGCUGAUGAGACUCCAUUAGAAGUGCCACCAAGAAAAGUAACUAAACUGGGUGCUCAGGCGGUGGUUCAGUAUAUGGUUGAUCUUGUUACAGAAAAAGAUGUGAAACCUCAACCACUGAAGAAGAAGAAAGGGACCUGGUUUUCAUUUUGCUUCUUAUCUCGACCUUACCAAAAGAAUCUGACCAAAAGUGGAAAAGCAAGGAAAGCUUGAGUCUUACUGUUUUCUCUCAUAUGCUAGUUUUGUACAUGAAAUGUUCUCAUAAGUUAUCUUGUUGUUAUGUUUCAUUUUUCUGUUAACUUUCCUUAUUUAGUCAUCAAAAUUUUAAUAAUCUCAACUGUAAUUGUCUUGUGUAGGUCACCAUUUGCUCUUGUACAGCCUUUCAUUUCUUCUUGUCCAUAUUUGGCCAUGUAAUAUUGUGCCUCUUAAUUGUACUCAUUUGCUGAAAUAAAUUCGACCGAGUUAUUUGUAUCUUUUAUUACAAUA